AUGCCCUCGCAUCCUGCAGGCUUUGAAGGAGUGUCAGGUGACCGACGGAUGUCGAGUGUUAACGAGGCUCUUGUCGAAUCUCCAACCGUUCUGUUGCGACGUCUACCACGGAACACGACAUCUGAGGCGGUUAGAACGAUGCUUCUCUUUGCCAAAGAUCUCCAAGAUACCGAAAUUAUUCCCAACGAGUAUGAGGAGGACGCCGGAUUUACCACGGCCAUUGCUCGAUUUGGGUCCCUUACUGGCGCCUCCGAAGCGAGGGCGAUGCUUGAUGGCAAACCCAAUACGGCCGGACAGGCCAAAAUGAUUGUGGACGUGAUAACGGGCCCCAACCUAGCCUCGAUACCGCGGCGCAAUACCAUUGAUCCCAUGGCAGGGCGGAAAAUGGCGCAUUCAAUCUCUCCGCCAGCCACGCACGCUCAGAAGUCGUCGCGGUUUAAUGGGACUUUCCAGUCCAUGGAUAAGGCUUCGCCUCCCCUGGCUGGAUCGCCGCUGGACCAAGCUUCGUCGGAUACGAGCUCACAGUUGCAAACCCUCUUCUCGCCGCAUUCUCCCGUGACUAGUGCGACAACUGAGCGCUCACGAAUUAGUGGCAAGAAAGUCAUCGACGAAGAUGCCGGAGACGAUGAUACGGGAGAGUUGCUAAAAGACCCCUUGGCGUACAUAUACAACUCCUCUGGCACGGCCACAGGCAGAACACCUGCGAAUCCACGUAUCCCUACUGCAGCAUUCUCGACCCUCUCCCUAAACACCAGUAUGGCUAACGGGCCUUCCAACAGCUACGUGUCGCCACGGUCAGCGAUCCAGUCUCGUACUCCCCAAUCACAGUUUCCUCCCAACUUGGGAUCCAAUACCCCGUUCUCGGUGCCUCCUCAACCUUUCAUCCGGCACAACUACCCGCCGGCCAACCCUGCCGAUCAAAAUCCGCCAUGUAACACGCUCUACGUCGGAAAUCUCCCCAUGGACACUUCGGAAGAUGAGCUGAAAGCAAUUUUCUCGAAACAACGGGGAUACAAGAGGUUGUGCUUCCGGACCAAGCAUAAUGGACCCAUGUGUUUUGUUGAGUUUGAGGACAUUUCGUUCGCAACGAAAGCCUUGAAUGAGCUGUACGGGGCGCAGCUUCACAACAGCGUCAAGGGGGGCAUUCGACUGAGCUUUUCCAAGAACCCACUCGGUGUCCGGGCGGGCCAACCUGGAAGCACGACGCCUACAACACCUCUGAGUGCCUCUGGGCCCAUGAACUUGAAUGGAUUCAACAACACAACCCCAGCAGGAUUUUCAACUGCGAAUGGACCUCCACCGGGAUUGUCAGCACCCCCAGGAUUGAACAUGACCAUACCGAGCGUGGCUGGAGUCGUCCCUCCGGCGGCUCUUGGGAAUCAAGGGUUUGGCGCUGGCAAUGGUGGCAUGCCCAGCUUGCGAGGGAUGUCAUUAAACAGCGGACCUAGCGCACAAGGUCUGGGCGGUGUGUAUCCGGAUUAUAUGCUUGGACGUUGA